CAUAAGAUUCCCUCCUCUUGUUUUCAGGUAGUCUCUUUAUAUAAGGAGACCUAUAUAGUUAUAAAUGCAAUAUAUACCUUUUUGAUCUCUUAAUUAUAUAGGAGUGACUAUAAGUAACUUUUUGAUGCUAUAUAAACCCACCCUCAUGAGUGGUUUCAACACACUUUCAAUACAAAUGGAUUACAACAGAUAUAAUAUUGUGGGUGAAUGUUCUCUCCCGGAAUCCUAUCGUCCUCUAAUGGAUCUUCAUGUUUUGGUUGUAGAUGAUGAUACCACAACUCUCUCUUUGGUUUCAGCAAUGCUUAGGAUAUUGAGAUAUAAAGUGAUGACUGUGAAAAAUCCUCUGGAUGCUUUGGCAACUCUUCGCACACAAAAAGGCUUAAUUGAUUUGGUGGUUACAGAUUUUCAUAUGCCUUACAUGAAUGGUUUUCAGUUACAGGAACAAAUUGAUAAAGAAUUUCAACUCCCAGUUAUUAUGAUGUCAGCGGAUGACAGAGAAACUGUAUUGCUACGUAGUGCACAAAGUGGAAUGGCUCUUUUCAUACUGAAACCUGUGACCCCAAAUGAUUUGAAGAAUCUUUGGCAAUAUGCAAUCAAAUACAAGAAAGAGAAAUCAAAUGUGAAUAUUGAUGAAGAAAUGGACAAUGGUACUACUAUUGAUAUCGUGAUGAAUAAUCAAGGGCAGGUGGUGGACACAAUGAUACCAGUGAAAGACUCAUUUGAUGCUACUCAAGUACUUGGACGAGGCAAAGAGAUUGUACUUUUCGAGCCAGCAGAUAAUAAUAGCAACAACGUAAAUGUAAUCUCUUCUGCUUCAUCAACAUCACCAACAAAUGAUGAUGAUGUAGCUAUUAUUGAGACUUUAGUCCAAAACAACCAUGGAAAAGGAGACUCAUCAAGUACUACUAGGUCUAGUAGUAGUAUUAACGUUGAUGGAAUAAAUAAUACUACACAUGGUUCCAAUAAAUCAUCAGCAAGUCAUGGAUACGGAAGAGAUGAUAAUUAUCAUGACAAACGCAAAGCUCCUAAGAAGACUAAAGUAGUUUGGACUAAUUCACUUCAGAAUCGCUUUCUUCUUGCCAUAAAACACCUUACUUUGGAUAAGGCGGUCCCUAAGAAGAUUCUUGAUUUUAUGAAUGUCCCUGGACUGACUAGAGAAAAUGUAGCCAGUCAUCUACAAAAAUAUCGGAUGUUCUUGAAGAAAGUAGCUGACAAGGGACUGUUAAAUAUGACAGCAACACAAGCAAUGACUGAUAGAAUAUUGAAGUCAAGCUUUGCUGCGGGAUAUCCACAAGCAUUUGCCUUGCAGAGCCAUGAAGCUUCUACUUCUUCAUCAGGUAUCAGUAGAAAUUAUAACCGAGCCCCAUAUCGACCAUUGCAACCAUUACUGUCAUCCAUGACGCCCAAUAAUAAUAACAAUUACAACAUCAACAUAUUUCAUCAUAACAUCCAUCACCCUUCAUCGUCAUCAUCAUCAUCAUCAUCACCUAUUAUGAGUUACAGCCCACCAAACAGUAAUGCUAUAACACCACCAUAUUCCUCCUAUGCUAUUCCACCACAUCACCACCAACAAAAAGCUUCAAAUAGUCGUUCCAUAGAGUUGCCUCAACCUAUGAUGACCGCUACUUAUGAUGUUGUUCAACACCACCAGAUUCGUCCUCCUACCUAUGGCUAUGGACACAUUCAUCCACUCACUUUCAGAGGAGCUUUGAAUAAUAAUAACAAUAAUGAAUAUAUUGUUGAUAGUGGAACUGGUAAUAAUUAUUCAAAUAGGUUUGUGCACACCACUUCUGCUGGAAUUUUAAAUGGAUCAACAACUCCUAACCGCCUUUUCAGAAGUACAGCCAUUAAUAAUGAUGCUCCAUAUUUCAAUUACAUUAAUGAAGCAGCUAAUAGCAUAAAUGGUUUAUCAAUUGGAAUGAGAUCCUCAUCCACUAAGAUGAAUAAUAAUGGUACCAGAGUAUACUCGUCAAACCAGAUGAUGAUCAAUGGUGGUUCAAACAGUGGAAUACAGUCAAGCCAAACGAUUCAUCGUGGCACUUAUUUAAACCAAUUGAUCAAUAAAAAUACCAGAGAAAGCUCGGUUGGAAUGUACUCAUCAACUCAAAUGAACAACGACAAUACUUGUCCAAUUGACAGUUUGGCUGGUAAUAAUAAUGGUGGGGCCACUACUGGUAGCUUGAGCGGAAUGUACUCAAAUAAUAUGAUCAACUACCGUGCCAAUGUCGGUAGCUCAUCAUCACUCAGAAUGUUACCAACGAAUCAGGUCAUAAAUGGUAUUGGAGGGCAGCAACAAAAACUAAAAUGUUUUGUUGACAAUGGCUAUGGUUCAGUGAAAAAUAAUGGCCUAGUACAAGGUUACAAUAAUGUCAAUUAUAUGAAUGGGAAGACUACUAGUAAUACCAAUAGCAUUGUUGGCACUAGUCAAUUAGAAGAUGGAUUCUUAUUACCUUCUAAUCAUCAUGGUUGUGAGAGGACAAAUACUAAUACUACUAAAGUGAAGACUUCACAAUGUCUUGUUUCCUCCAUCAACAAUUUCAAUUAUAUUCAUCAACAAAAUAUUCAAACUCAUAUGCAGCCUUCUUCACAGGUGGUACCACCCUCUUUGCCAGUGCCACCAGAACCCUUUGUUUUGCAACAACAAUCUGGCUCUGAUGAGUUAAAUAAUGUGGAAGAAGGAGAUAGAAAUGUUGGGAACGAUUAUAGAAUGAGUGAUGAUCUGAAAAUCAAUAAUGAUGAUUUUAAUAAUAUAUUUGGUGUUGUAACCAAUAAGGGUACUUCUUCUGCGUCUCUUGGUGAACAAAUUCCAGUUUCCAAUGUUGACAAUGUCGUCAUUAGGGAUGAUUUUAUUGACGAGCUUGACAACAUUUCACUGCCUAAUUUUCAGGCUGAAGUAGCGAACUCUCCACCAGCAAACCAAGUUAACAAUCAGAACCCCAUUAUUGCUAAUCAAUUUUCUGCAAUCGCUUCAAGCACAUCUCUUGUGCAAGAAAAUGAAGUACCAACUAUUAACAAGAAUGGAGAAUCCUUAAGUCAGGACAAAGGUGUGUCGCAAACCCUUGAUAGUAAUUUGCUUCCAUCAGAAGAUUAUUUUCCAGUCUUUGACGAAUUUCAGGCAAGUUGAAUUAUAUGUACUCUCAAUUAUGAUAUUACUUGCAAGUAUAUAAUCAUAAAAAAAGUUAGGCCGACUAUAUUGAAUAAUUUUCAUAACAUUAUUGAUUAUGCUAAUAUUAUCUAUUUGUAUAUAUAUAUAUGUAUGUAUGCUCAAAUAUGUGCAGGAAAGCAUGGGAGAAGUUGUUGAUCUUACUGAUCAGUUCCUAAACAUUCCUACUCAUGUGCUAAAUGAGAUGGAUUGGGACGAGGUUAUGGAUAAGAUGUUGAAUGAUAAUUAGCUAGCAGGACCAUUGGAAUGAUUAGAGAUGCUGAAUUCUGAAUUGAAUAUUCCCAACAUGAUCAUGGAUAUCAAAUAUCAUUUACAAACUUAUAAUAGUUAGUUCAAGUUGAUGUUUUCAUAUUACAUAAUUUUGAUGUGUUUGAAUAAGUUUCGCUAGUACAUAUAACUUAAACUUGUUUAAGUGAAACAAUUUAUGUUUCCCUUUGUGGUAUAAACUUUUAGCAUGUAAAUAAAAUUUAUAUUAAUUACAACAAUAUAUCUUAUAUACAUAUGAUCAACA